AUGAUGUCCAAUGGUUUAGAUUCAGGAGUCGUGGGACAACAAAACGGCAGUAGUGGCAAUAAUGGCGGUGGUGGGCAGGAGGAAUCGAAAACUAACCUCAUUGUCAACUACUUACCACAGACCAUGACCCAAGAGGAAAUCAGAUCUCUGUUCUCCAGCAUUGGUGAAGUCGAAAGUUGUAAACUGAUCAGGGAUAAAGUUACAGAUAAAAUUUCACCUUUAAAACUGGCCCCAGGCGAAGAAGUUCCCGGGGUUCUGACUAGUCCGUUGCUUACAGGGCAAUCGUUGGGCUAUGGAUUCGUAAAUUAUCAUCGACCAGAAGAUGCAGAAAAAGCCAUCAACACACUGAACGGACUCAGAUUACAGAAUAAAACGAUAAAGGUAUCGUACGCGAGACCUAGUUCAGAAGCCAUCAAAGGUGCCAACCUGUAUGUUUCCGGCCUCCCCAAAAACAUGACACAACAAGACCUCGAAGCCCUGUUCAGUCCAUUCGGUCGAAUAAUAACAUCGCGCAUACUGUGCGACAACAUCACUGUACGUCAAUUUGUCUCGGGGGCCGGAGAAAAUUUGCCUGGUCUGUCAAAAGGUGUAGGUUUCAUCAGAUUUGACCAGCGCUUGGAAGCAGAAAGGGCCAUACAGGAGUUGAACGGGACCAUUCCCAAGGGGUCAACGGAACCUAUAACCGUGAAGUUCGCCAAUAAUCCGAGCAACAACAACAAAGCUAUCCCGCCAUUGGCAGCUUACCUGACUCCACAAGCAACAAGACGAUUCGCCGGCCCGAUUCAUCACCCCACGGGACGCUUCAGGUAUUCUCCGCUGGCCGGAGACCUGCUGGCCAACUCGAUGCUGCCAGGCAACGCGAUGAACGGCUCCGGCUGGUGCAUCUUCGUGUACAACCUGGCGCCCGAGACCGAGGAGAACGUCCUCUGGCAGCUGUUCGGCCCGUUCGGCGCCGUGCAGAGCGUCAAAGUGAUCCGCGACCUGCAGACCAACAAGUGCAAGGGCUUCGGCUUCGUCACGAUGACCAACUACGACGAGGCGGUGGUGGCGAUCCAGUCGCUGAACGGAUACACGCUGGGCAACCGCGUGUUGCAGGUCAGCUUCAAAACGAACAAGAGCAAAACCACAUAGAGCGACGAGAGUUCGUAGACGGCAGCGCGUCAGCUGCAGCCAUCCGCCUGCCCGACAAAAACCGAACGGGACUCAU